AUGUCAAAUAAACAACGUUCGGAGUUACAACACCAACAACAAUUUCGACAAUAUUUAUUAAGACAUCAGCAAUUAUUGAAGAUACAGGAGCGGCAUAGGCAGGAAUUACAAGAACUACAACGUAAACAAGACUUGGAAUUCCUAUUGUUUUUGAAUCCAUCCCGUAAAAAUAUCUCAAAUGCUUGUAUUCGAUGUCGUAAAUCGCAUCUGAAAUGCACGAUAGAAGAGAUUUCUGCCUCUUGUAGUAGUGGCAGCGAACCUUUGGCUAAUGGUCAUGAUUUGCAUGAAGGCUCCCAAUGCUUUUUGAGUUCAGCUAAAAGACAAUUUAUUAAAUCAAAUGAUGCCAGAAAAGAAUUAAUCAAGAAACUUAAUGAUGAGGGUAUUGGUGUUGACGGAAAUAAUAAUGAUACAUCAACUUCAGGUCUUUAUAACAUCGUUGGCAAUAAUAUAUUGAUAUCCUCAUCUCUUCAAAGUACACUACCAACAUAUUCACAUUCAUCCAUAUCUUCGCAUGAUACCUAUGACAUUUAA